AUGGAGUGGAAGAAGAAGAAGAAACAGGUCCGGAAGAAGCAGGCUGUGAAGGACGCUGAGAUGGCGGCCAAGAAGGCAGCACGCGCCAAGGAGGACAGAAUGAGUGGUCGCGAGCUGUUCCUGUCUGAUGCAUCCCUCUUCGUCGACGACGAUGCGGCAUGUGACGCGUAUGAGAGAGUGGAGGAGGAGGAAGGGGCCGCAGCCCCCCCUGUUCCCACUACAGGGGAAUCCAGCAGCAGCAAGCGAUGGGGGAUGGCGGAUGAAGGGAAAGGGAGGAGGACGAAGAGAGGGAGGAGGACGAGGAGGAGGAGGAGGAGGAGGAGGAAGAAGAAGAGGAGGAAGAGGAAGAGGAAGAGGAGGAAGAAGAGAAGAAGAGGAGACGAGGAAGAGGAAGUGAGGAGGGAAGAGGAGGGGGAAGAAGAGGAGGAAGAGGAAGAGGAGGAAGAAGAGGAAGAGGAAGAGCUAGAAGGGGAGGAAGAAGAUGACGAAGAGGAGGAAGAGGAGGAGGAGGAAGAGGAGGAGGAAGAGGAAGAAGAGGAAGAGGACGAGGAGGAGGAAGAGGAGAGUCUCAGGAAGACUAAGAAGGAGCAGCCCAAAAUAAAAGAUAUUGAAAAGGCAUCCAAGGCGAAAGCCAGGCGGGAAAAGGAAGGAGCAGGAAAGGGAGAAGGCGGGGAAGGGGGGGGCGGAGGGGGGGGCGGGGGGGUGUAUUUCGAGGGGGCGGAGGAGGCAGGGGCGCGGUUCUCUGCGUCGUCCUUCUCAGAACUGCAGCUGUCGCGGCCGCUGCUGCGUGCGUGCGCUGCUCUGGGGUAUGACAAACCCACGCCCAUCCAGGCUGCAUGCGUGCCCUUGGCUAUGGCCGGGAGGGAUAUCUGCGGCAGCGCUAUCACUGGUUCAGGCAAGACCGCAGCCUUUUCUCUCCCCAUAUUGGAGCGCCUACUGUUCCGACCCAAGCGGGUGGCUGCCACUCGUGUGCUUGUGCUGACCCCAACCAGAGAGCUGGCCGUGCAAGUGCACAGCAUGAUUGAGAAGCUAGCGCAGUUCACGGACAUCCGCUGUGGGCUGGUGGUGGGGGGUCUGUCUAUAAAGAACCAGGAGGUGGCUCUGCGGUCAAGACCAGACAUUGUCGUCGCCACUCCUGGCAGGCUAGUGGAUCAUCUACACAACAGCCAGAGCGUUGACUUGAACGACCUGGCCAUUCUGGUGCUGGACGAAGCUGAUAGGCUGCUGCAGCUGGGGUUCCAGGAGGAGGUCAUGGAAAUAGUGCGAGUUUGUCCCAAGCGCCGGCAAACCCUACUUUUCUCGGCCACUAUGAGCACGGAGGUACAGCAGCUGGCGAGCUUGUCCCUCAACCUGCCCGUCCGACUGUCUGCUGAUGCUUCCAUGCAGCGACCACGCACACUGGACGAGGAGGUGGUUCGGGUGCGAUCGUCUCAGGAAGCAGACAGAGAAGCCAUGCUGCUCGCUGUGUGCUCCAGGCUCGCCCAAACCUCCGGCGCAGGCUCGGAAGGAGGUUUUGAUGGAGGGUCGGAAUUAAGAGAGGCAGGAGAUACAGGGAGAGGGGAGAAGCGGAGUAAAGCACAGGGGGGAGGUGGAGUGAUCGUCUUUAGCGGCCGCAAGGUAGAGGCGCAUCGGCUGAAGAUUAUAUUUGGCCUGCUCGGGUGGCGGGCGGCAGAACUACAUGGGAACCUCACUCAGGCCAUGAGACUGGAUGCCUUGGAGCGAUUUCGAACGCAUGACGUGGACUUUCUGAUCGCCACUGACGUCGCUGCCAGAGGUCUGGACAUAGCUGGAGUGCAAACUGUAAUCAACUACCACACGCCACGUGAAAUCACCAACUACGUGCAUCGUGUGGGGCGGACAGCACGUGCCGGCAAGCUGGGAUCGUCUGUGACCUUCGUGGGGGAGAAGGACCGGAGGCUGCUGAAAGCGAUGACAAAGCGGGCAGGCAGGAAGCUGAAGCAGAGGCAGAUAGCGCAAGCAGCAGUGGAGAGGUGGCGGCAGCGAGUGGAGGGUAUGGAGAGGGACGUGGCUGCUGUUAUGAAGCAGGAGAAGGAGGAGCGGGUAUUGAGGAAAGCAGAGAUGGAAGCAGCCAAGGCUGAGAACAUGCUGACUCAUCGCGACGAGAUAUUUGCCAAGCCCAAGCGCACGUGGUUUCAGAGCAAGAGGGAGAAAGAGGCAGCCGCAGAGGCGGCUAAGGCUGCUGCUGAUGCUGAGGCUGAGGGCGGGGAGGGCGGCAGUGGGAAGGGUGGGAAGGGAGGGAAGGUGCUUUCGCUUGAGGAGGUGCAGGAGAAGAGGAGAAAGGAGAAGCUGAAGAAGCAGCGAGAGGUGAGCAGUUGA